AUGUCAUGGUUCGAGACACUUGCGGCCAAAACUGAAAAUUUAUUAAACAAAGUUGACCAGGUUGCUGGCCAGGCAUUGCAGAACACACCAGACAAGAACAACUCAUCAGACGAAUCUCAAUGGAAGAGAUCGCUUGGGGCAACUGAUGGUUCGUUAGUAACAACGGAACUCAAUGUCUACAAACCUCCUGUUUCUAAAAGAUCAGAAAAAGUUACAAACACUUCUAAAACUCCUAAAAAUAACUGUCCAGAAGAUCCUGAUCACAAGCUAUUUGAAUUUCUCAAUAGCUCACCUCCAUUGCCACCAACAUCGUCCUUAUCAAACAAACUAACAGCUUCCAAGAAUUCUUACAGCAAUUUGCUGAAAUUUACAAAUGAUAACACUGAUAAAACACAAGAAUUAAAAGAAUUUGAAAACGAUAAGCAAGAUGAUCGUGGGUCAGCCCCAGCUGAAGAAACAACAUCAACAGCGAAAAGUGUGGUGUACAAACAAGAUGGUACCAAUAAUGACAAUGAGGUGCUACCCAAUCCAUCUGCCAUUGAAUUUGAAAAUCAGUUGCUUAAAAGUGAAAUUAAUUCCUUAAACAUAGAAAUGCAAUCGAUAUUAACUCGUGCACAGAACAAUCAAGAAGAUCGAGAUAGAACUAUUAAAAAGAUGGAGUUGCAGAACCAGCAGAUGAUUAAGAAGGAGCAAAUUAUUCGAGAACUGCAGGAACGAGAAUCAGACUUGACGAAAGCACUUGAUGCAAAGGACACACAGUUGAGUGUUUUGAGGGUGAGACUGGAAGAAGCAGAUGCUUCUCUUAAAUUGAAAAACAAAAAAAUUCAAGAUAUCCAAGUGGAGAAAGAAAAUUUGUUGCAGGACCACAGCUUAUCAACAGGAGUGCAGACACAUGCCUUGGAUACAUUGCAAGAUAAGUUGAAAGAAGCAGAACUGAUGGUCAGGCAGGAGGCCGAUCGCUAUUCCACACUUCUGAACGAAAGUCAAGAGAAGAUAAGAAAGUUGGAAUCAGACAGGGAUAAUUUAACGUGUGAGACAAGUAAUCUGCAAAGAACGCUGGCCAGGGAAAAAGAGUACUUAUCAGUUUUUGUUUCUACAAAAAAUUAUUUAGCCUCUGUAGUUGAUAUGAUGAACCAAGUAAGAGCGGCGAAAACUUUAGCAGAAACUGCAAAACAAGAACUUUCUCAGUACAAGGACAAGGCUACUCGCAUUUUGCAGAGUAAAGACAGAUUAAUAGCCACUCUGAAGGAAGGUCAAUUUGAGAAGGUAGAUGGCAGUGGUGCAAGCGAGCCAAGCAUACAAGCUACUGAACUGGAAAGUUUGAAACAAGAACGAGAUGUCUUGAGAGAUGAUUACAAUUCGUGUCAUUUGGCUUUGCAAAAUUUGAGAACUGAAUUCAUGGAGGUGGAAAGUCAGAUGCAGCAGGAAAUAGAUUCAUUGAAGGAGCAGAUGAGGAUGAUGGAGGAACAACUUGAUGGAGAGAGGAAGAGGAGGGAAGAUGUUGAGACUGAUGUGAACAAGUACAAACAGGUAGUUGUGUGGUUAAUUGCUUGA